GUGGCGGUCGUGGCAAUGUUGUUCACGCAGUUUUCCACAAGCAAAGCGCUGGCUGACUUCCUGUCCGAGGACGUUAGCAGCAUUCACAAGAAGCAGCUCGAGGACCUUGCAGAAGCCUUUGGCCGCCACACGGUUGGACUGAAAAGCGAGCAUUACAGCGCACAUGUGCGGCUACUGAAUAAGAUCAACGAUGCAAACGUACGGUUCGAUCGGAUUUACAACGAGUAUGAGCAAAUGUCGACAAGGUAUCAAGAGCAGAUGCGCAACAUGCAAGAGAAAGAGGAUCGCAUUCAGUAUCUUGAAACAAAGCUUGGGGAAUUUGGGCAGAGCAGGACUAGUAUUGCUCGCGUUCCCUUGUCUGCUCCGGCGACGCAAAUCAGCUUUGUGAAGCCACCACGUCGCCAAAGAUUCAAUGAGGGGAACCGAUGGCCUCCUUCCACAGGCCUGCUCCCCAGGGUUGUCGAAGCUGAGAACGAGUAGUUGCUGCUGUGCAUAGUGACGAGGAAUAAACAGGGGUUAGGAUAGACCGACUGGAGCAGGUGACAAAGGCAUAGCAGGGCCGUGACUUCCGUUUUGGGCAGUUUUGGGCUUGUUGUUCAAUGUGCAGGCGCGACGGGCACAUGCACUUGGAUCGUGGCUUCCUCAUCAGUGCAAUACGUGAGGUGUAGUGGAUACAUGCUGCCAUA